AUGUUUAAUUCGAAACUGGCAAGAUGGGGAGGUCUUGUUAUUUGUCUUUUAGUUUUGGGAGGAAUUUUAAUGAAUUCCAGUCAUAUAUUAAAGAAGAAACCAUUUGGUUUAUUAGGAGGUUCGAAUACUUCUAAUACGAAAGUAACGACAAAUAAUCCGACAACAACAACACCAACACCAACAACUCCUACAACAACACCAACAUCAAAUAACAACAUUGAAGAUACAGUUGAAAUUUCCCGAUUGGAAUUGGAAGAAUUAAAGAUCAGUGCACAAUCGUGUAAAGUUCUGAAACAUUUUUCAAUUGUUUUAAUUGAUACUGGAGGCGAGGUACAUAAGAAAAUUAGACAAUUGGUUGGUUCAAUCCAUCGUUAUCAUGAAUAUGAAUUAUUAAUUUAUAUUUAUGGAUUGGAUCUUGAUGAAGCUGCCAAAGGUGAAAUUCAUAUUUGGAGAAAUGUUGAAUAUUGGGAUAUUAGAAGUAUUUAUCAAGUUUCUACUAAUGUUGAUAGAACUGAGAAGAUUAUUGCAGAAUAUUGGAAACCUGUGAUAUUUAAACAUAGUGUUGAACGUUUGGGAAAGUUUGUUUACAUUCAACCAGGUUAUUAUCUUUCACAAAAGUUGGAAGUUGAUGCCAUUGAUGAAUAUUUGGAAAGACAUGGCAGUUUUUAUGCAUCGCCUGAGUGUAAGGAUGCAUUGUCUAGUGAGAAAUAUCUGGCCAUUGCUUCAACUUUUGAUGUCGCCAUGCAUGGUAUUCAAUUCAAUUCUUAUGCCUAUAAGAAUAUUUAUACACCAUUGUAUGAUUGUGCUAGAGCUCAUUGUUCUCAAAUUCAAAUGAAGGAUUUGGAUGCUGAUAAGUUUAUUUCUCUAUCAGAUGAUUUGAAAUUAUCUGUUUUCUGUCAGGAUAUCACAAAGAUUACCAAGUCAUUAGUUAGUACACCACCUGGAGAGAGUGCUUGUUACAUUAUUAAUAGAGAAGAUUUUAUACUUUCUGGAACUCAAUUACCAGGUAGCCCACAAAAGUCAUGGCUUGCCUUUACACCUUCAAAGGAUGACAAUGGAAUCAUCAAACAACCAGAUGAUAAGAGAAUUCAUGUUGCAUUGGGUAUACCAACAACUUCAAAGGGACACAACCAUGUAACUGAAAACCCACUGUUCAAAGUCUUGUUACCAUCUCUCAAAAACACAAUAGGAAAGAAGGGAACUGAGGAAGGCGACAAGUAUGUUUACAAACUCUAUUUGGCUAUUGAUCGUGGUGAUCCAGUUUACGAUAAACCUGAAAAUCAAAAGCAAUUCAAAGAGUUAGUGAACAGUAUGAUGAGUGAGUACAAUUUCCACUUCCAAAUCAUUAGGGUUAUCAACUCAUAUGGUUGGGUUCCAAUGCUUUGGAAUACAGUUUUCCAUCAUUCUAUUGAUGAUGGUGCCGAUUACUUUUAUCAACUUAAUGAUGAUGUUAGGUUUAUUACUCCUGGCUGGACUCAGACACUUAUUGAUAGACUGGCCAAAAAUCCUGUCAGAUCUAAUUUUGGUGUUACAGGACCAACUGAUGAAGGAAACAGAUCAAUAUUAACACAAGCUUUCGUCCAUCGUACCCACCACAAGAUAUUCGGCUAUUUCUAUCCAUAUGUCUUUAAGAAUUGGUUCAGUGACGACUGGAUUUCACUAGUUUACAGAGAUUAUCAUUCAUACUUUAAGGAUCCUCAUCAACCAAUGGUUCACAAUCAACAAACAUUUGGUACUAGAUACGAUGUUUGUAAUGCUAAUGGUAGAGAAAACUUGAAUAAGGUUCUUCAAUCAUCUAAGAUCAAAAUUAAGGAAUAUUUGGAAUCACACAAAGAGUAAAAGAGUAAAUAUAUUGAAAUUUUUAAGU